AAAAAAAACAGAGAGAGAAAGAGACCUUGAAGGAGAGCGAAGAGAGAGAAGGUGAGAGAGUUUUUAGCAGCGAGCGAUCGAAGCUUAACACAGAGCAGAAAAGAGAGCUCUUUCAUAUUAUCAUCACCAACGCCGAGAAAACAAAACUUUUCCCGGAAAAUGCACUGAGAAAAUUCACGCCAGAAGAACACGAAGAAAGAGAGGAAAAUAGAAAAUAGAGAGAGAAAGUAAGAGAGAGAGAGAGAGACAGAGCAAAAGGAUAGACGAAGCUCAAAACCGACCGGGUCACUACCGUUCGAUUUCUCUGCAAUUCAUCCGGUUCUCUGAGCUUUUGAAUUGAAAGGGCGGAUUUUGAUUGGUCGGGUUCCGUAAUUUGCAGUUCCGCGAGGAGCCAGGCCGAAAUUCUGGUGAUUCGAACUUAGGGUUUUGAUUUUUCCGAGGUUCUCAAUGAAUUAAGCUCGGGUUCAUGUGGUUUAUUGGUGGGAUUUAGCGAGUUCCGUACUGGGCUUGAUCUCUAGGGUUUUGGUCCCGAGAGGAUGAGAUUUGGGGCUGCAUUGUGCGCUUCGUUGGGUGAGAGAAUUCGAGGUUGUUCGGAGACAAGGGUUAUUGCAAUUCAGUUGGGGAUUAGGGUUUUUGGGGUUCCUGAGAUUUGGUGAAUGAUGCGCUCGUCUGUUUAUUUGGAUAUGAAGAGCUUCGCCAGUUGAUUAGGAAUAAUUAUGCGUGGGGUUUUCUGGAAACGGAAAUAACUCUAAGUUGGUUGGGAAUUGGAAGGAAAGUGGGGUUUUUUCUUUUAUUAUAUUUGAUUUUUGUGAAUGGUGUAUGAACCUGUUUAGUUAUUGAGAAAUGCAACCUCAGCAGUACUCGAGAAUUGAUUUGGCUGACUUGAAGGCUCAGUUAGUGAAAAGGAUUGGUGCCGAGAAGUCGAAACGGUAUUUUUACUACUUGAAUAAGUUGUUGAGUCAGAAGCUGAGCAAGAAAGAAUUCGAUAAGUUCUGUUGCCGAGAGCUUGGUAGUGAGAAUGUUUCUUUGCACAAUCAGUUCAUUCAGUCAAUCUUGAAGAAUGCAUGCCAAGCGAAGACCCCGCCGCCAAUUCAUGCAUCAGGUCCCCCUAAACUUGGAGUGCAAGCUGCAAACAGUUCUCCAAGCAGAGAAGAUGGGCAUGAGCAAGUUGGGGCUGGUUUCUCGAGUCAAAAUCAAAAUGUGCCCAUUCGGUCGAAUGGAGUUCUGCCCAUGUCGCCCCGAAAGAUUAGGUCAGGGAUACGUGAUCGUAAGCUCAAGGAUAGACCAAGUCCUCUUGGACCUAAUGGGAAGGUAGACAGUGUCUUGUACCCAUCUAUGGGGUUGGAAGAAAGUGGCAGUAAGGUUGGUAUGGAAAAUGGGGAUGCAACUCCAUGUGAUUAUCAGAGACCAGUUCAGCAUCUUCAACCAGUUGCUGAGAUGCCUGAGAUUGAAAGGGAAGUUGGGGUUUUGCGACCUACAGAGAAACCAAGAAUACACAGUAAGGAUCAGGCUGGAGGAGCCGUUGCCGAUGAUGAGGAAGAGGUGGAACAGUCAAACUGCUUGAAUUUCUCUAGAAGCCCCUUACUUGCUCCGCUUGGGAUUCCAUUUUGCUCAGCUAGUGUAGGUGGGGCCCGCAAAGCUACACCCGUUGUAGCUAGUUGUUAUGACAGCGGUGGGUUGUCUGACACGGAGACGCUGAGAAAACGCAUGGAGCAGAUCGCUGCAGCACAGGGUCUUGGAGGUGUUUCUAUGGAAUGUGCCAACAUGUUGAACAGCAUGUUGGAUGUUUACUUGAAGCGACUGAUCAGAUCUUGUGUCGAGUUGGUCGGAGCAAGGUCUUCGCACGAGCAAAAGAAGCACCCUGCCCAGAAGCAGCAGAUUCAAGGCAAGGUCAUCAAUGGCAUGUGGCCAAGUAAUCACUUGCACAUGCACACUGGCAAUGUAUCCGUGGAAGCUAUGCAGGAGCAGAGACCGCAGCGUUCAAUAUCCUUGCUUGAUUUUAAAGUUGCCAUGGAGUUAAAUCCACAGCAACUUGGAGACGACUGGCCAUUGCUGCUUGAGAAGAUUUGCAUGCUUACGCUUGAGGAAUGAAACACCUACAAAGAAUUGUUUCUCCAGAGCUUUGAUUGGGUCAAUCUGUUCUGGUUCAAAUGGCGCGACAGUUGUGGGAGGUGCAUUUAUGCAUCUACCUCUCUUGUCAUUGCCUGAAAGGACCAGAUGAGCCCCAAUUGGGUAAAUUUCGUCCCUCCAAGAGAUGCAAUGGCUUUGAGCUCGAAAUGUCUGCAUUUGCUCACUGCAAGCAAGCUCGGCCAGGAAUGAUUCAACUGCAACCAACCAAUACAGGGAUGUUUCAAAUUGAAUGCCCACAUUUGGUUGUGCUGUUUAAUGUUUAGCGUUGACAUUGGCUAUACCUGCUAUUAGUUCAGAUCUUGAGCUCUUGGUCUUAUUGACAGCGAAUGAAGAAAAAAUCGAAGAAAGUUUUGCAGAUAUACUGUUGUGUAACUUGGUCAAAGGUCAAAUCACUUGUACAAGAGCUGCAGUGUUGCUCUGUAUGUAUUUCUAAAAGCUGAUAUAGUUAAUUGGAAUUCUCAUAUCAAUAACACAUUAACACCUGUUGAUCUUUCCUUGAUUGUAUGACUCCCACAUAUCCACUGAAUAAUGAAAUAUCCCACUGCUCAAGGUGUCAUUGAU